AUGAAUGCUCGCAUGGGGAAUUGCUACUUCUGGCUUGUCUUCCUCGCAGUUGUAGUGUCAGUGAUCAGUACACCGACGACGGCAACGCAUUACUUGCCGUAUGCUGGAACUCGCAGCGAUGAAGAGGGCCGUUCUAGAAGGCUGGUAGGUUUUAACGCUGAAGUUAAUGGAUUCGAAAUGAUGGUGUCAAAACUCAAUGAAGAAGAAGUCGCUAAAAAAAUGACGGGGUAUAUUGAGUUAAUCAAGGACAAUUCCAUCGAUAUGGCCAUCAAGCAACUGAAAUUCCCCGAUGGUACAUCGCCGUUUCUCGAUGUCGCAAAAAUGAUGGCUCUCGUCAAACACGCGGGAAAAGAGGAUUUAGUUAAUCCGCUGACAAGUUUAGCGCGUCAGCUCCUAGCUUCAUGUGGAUAUGACAGGCUGUCAACUUGGAUUGAAGAGGCAAAGGAAGACCCUUUUAAAAGGGAGGUUGCAGAAUCUAUCGAAAAGGGGCUCAUUGAUUAUAUGAUAGACCAUGACAUGUCAACAGAAGACGCAUUCAGAGAAUUUAAUAUCGGAUUCAACUUUUAUGCGGAAUCAGAGGCUCAUGCACACGAAAAGUUGUUUGUGAACUCCGGGCUGGAUAUUCUGUUUAGUUACGCGACUGAGCUGAACAGAGGAAAACAAGGCUUAGUGAACGAUGAUGUUAAAAAGAAGGCUGGGCGAAAAGAGGUGAUAACCAUUUUAAAGAACACUUUCGAAGAAAAUCUUGUCCCCUUGUUGGAGAAGGCGAUGAUGCUCCCGAAUGUUCCUAAGUCUGUCAAAGAUGUUGAGACUGCCUUGAUUGAGGACUCAUUAGGUUUAACCGUCAAAGAAUUUUUCGACUUGCUCAAGUUAGAGAUAAAUGACAGCGAUCUUUUAAAUCGCCCACUAAUGUCCACAUUGGUCUUGUUCGUGAAAAUGAAAAAUGGACAAGUUGACUUCAUCAAAAUGUGGGAUACUCUGGUCAAGGACAAUAGAAAAAAGCUCCAUACAAUGUUGAAACAGAAACCGAAGUUUCCCCAGGACUGGGCUGAGGAUGUGAAGAAAUGGCUUGAGAAUUACAAAUCUGAGAGAUUUGUUUUGCGUUAUCGUGCAUCAAUGAGCACACCAAAACCUGAAGUGAAUCUUCCUCUUCCACUGUCUCCCGAGUCGAAAGUCCAAGUCACUGAUAUUUCUUUUCCAUCUUCGGACACGAAGCACUUGGUAUCAUCGAGUGAUACCUCUACGGGACCUAAUUCAAAAAGUCCAGGUAAUAUUUUACCUCCAUUGUCUUCUGAAUCGAUGGGUCGAGUCGAUAAUCUCCCUCCACCGUCUUCCGAAUCAAAGACUGAGGUAGAUAAUCCCACUCCACCGUCUCUCAAAUCGAAGAUUCAAGUUACUGAUAUAUCAUCUACACCUCCGGACGCGAAGCACUUAGUAUCGUCAAGUGAUACCUCAACGGGACCUGAUUCAAAAAGUCCUGGUAACAUUUCCCCCCCCAAGUCGUCUGGACGAUUUUAUGAUCUCCGUUCACUGUUUUUGAACGCAAAGAAGGUAAUGUCGUCGAGUGCUACCUCCACGGGACCUAAAUCAAGUUUUCAUGUUGAAAAUAUCCAGCGACCAUCGUCCGAAUUAAAGACUAUGGAAGAUAAUUCUCUUCCACCGUUGCCCGAAUCAAACGCGAAACACUUGACAUCAUCGAGUGAUACCUCUACGGGACUUAAUCCACAAAGUCCGGGCAAUAGUUUACCCUCAUUGUCUCUCGAACCAAUGAAUCGAAUUGAUUUAUUUCCUCUACCGGACGCCAAGAGACCUGAAAUAAACUUUCACGUCGAAAAUCCCCCACCACUAUCUCCAGACGCAAAGAAACCACUGUCAUCGAGUGAAACCUUCACAGGACUCAAACCGCAAGUUCGUUUGGCUUUAUCGCCUCCAUCACCUCUGAUCAAGAUGAAGGAGCUUAUGUCGUCGGGCAAAGCCGUAACAUUUACAGCAGAAGUUGAAUUGAAUCUUCGACAAUCGCCAUCUUUGAAAUCGACGAAGGAGCCAGUCAUGUCAAGUAAGGCUAGUGAUACUUCAACAGAAACCGUUUCAACACCGCUACUUUCAGGUGCACCUCUUUCGGACAGUCGAUUUGCUAUAAUUCGUCGCUGGCUGUUAGCGUUUUUGAAAAAACUGCGUGCGAUUCUAUGGCCAUUCAGCAAGAAAGAAAAAUCAAUUUAG